CAGCGCCAGCGCAGAGCACAGAUUUGCAGAGACAUUGAGACUCUGUUGCCUUGCCACAGCGUGCGCAAUAAGUUUUCAGUUGGAACGCAACUAGCCGGUGACGCGAAUGGGCCUUAGAAGCUAAAGACUCACGGGGCACAUAGUAACGUAGUAAUCAGCAGAGCCAGCAGGCGUAGGCGGAUCCAAAACAGUUGCACAACUGCACUUUUUUGCUGCUGGAAAUCGGAGAAGUGCGCGCGGCGGAUUACAGUAAACGUGAACGUCAACUCGGCGGCUAAAACUUCGACGGGCUAAGAAUACGCGGACGCGAACACGACGUUAACACUUUAAUGGCGGUGCAGCGGUGUUUCUUUUAAUUUCGCGUCUGGCUUCCGUUGUUCCCGUGCCAAAAAAAAUCAAUAAUUCCGUGCUGUAUAAGUUACGGCGAAAGGUGCGCGGAUAUUCUGAAACUCGGGACUCGGCUUUCGGAUUUUCGUCGGCUCUCUCUCACCGUCGUUACCGUUACUCGCUAACUACGGAAAAUACAACCAGCCGAGAGAGUGUGGGCGACAAAGAGAGAGAGAGAGGGACAACUUACAACUACAAGUGAGAGAGAACGUAAACGUGAUUGAAAUUUUUGCACAAAAGAGAAGCGCCGCUUACGCUUUACACGCGCGCCAAAGCCUGCCCUGCAGUUGUGUAAAGACCACGGGAGAGAGUGCCAGUGAUUCAGGAAGCGGAAUCAGAAAACGAAGUAGCGCGUAAAAAUAACAAACAAAAAUACAUGCGGAGGCGUAUAAAUAGAAACAGCGUGUAGAGCGCAACGGCAAAAAAGUCAGUAGUAUGUAGUAAUAGUAGUAGAAGGAGAAACCGGAGGAGACAGAACAUCCAAGUCGACUGCGGCGCCGGCGCCGACGCGGACGCGGACGCUGACUGCGACUGCGACGUCGUAGUAAGUUUUUCUGCACUCUGUCUGUGUGUUUGUGUAUUUCGCGCGCGUGUGUGUCGGUGUUUGUGUGUGCUUUGCGUGGGUGCAACGUCGUCUACGCACAUAGCGUAGAAUGUGGAAUAAAUAAAAGUCCGAAGAAGAGGAGCUGUGGAAAAUCAUGAUAAAGUUUGUCAGGCAAAAGAAUCGCGAAAACUCACUAAGGGCAUCCAAAAAUUUUAUGCGAAAAAAGCGUGAAUCGAAUGACUCUGGCACCGAAUCUGAUGGUGAACUCCUCGAUGUGGAAAACCAACGUCACUUAGACGUGGAUAUGGAAACUAGUGUUGCUGGCCAACAAAAGUCAAUCACUGCUCCUGCAAUGAUGUGUCACCAGCCGAACUCAUCCUCAUCCUGCGCCCAUCUCAUGUACGACCAGCACAGUUCCGAGGAGGAGCUCGAGGUGAUCAACGGGCCGUCGUCUCAGGCAGGACAGCAUCCCGGCGGAACGGCGACGACGAAUGCGGCGAUAGCGGGUGGUGGUGGCGGUGGUUCCUCCUCAUGCACAUCCAGGAUCUCGAAUCGGGGCUGCAACUCUUCGUUGGACACAGAGGCACCGCCAUACGAGGAGCGUGCCACAACAUCCUCGAAUUCAAAGCGCUCCACCAGCUCCACUCUAAUGGUGGAGAAUCGUAAGCGUUCGCUGGCCCAUAGCUCCGAUGAUGAGCUUCGCAACUCGCUGGAGCCCAUAUUGACGCCCGUGAAUUUUCGUACAUCGCCGCCAUUGGAGGCAUUCAAGCCAAAUCGUAGCCAUAUGAUGUUCCGCUCCACAACGCCACUGAUAUUAUCGGAGGCCCGUUGUGGCAUCGAAAAUAUUCAAUUAUGUGAUAAUAGUGUUAACGAGGAGAAUGGCGGCGGCGACUCAGGAGCAGGAACAGGAGCAGGAGCAGCAGCAGCGGGAACGGGAGCUGGAUCAGAGGCAGUGGGAGCAACUAACAAGUGUGCCAAGAUUGGCACCGCAUCUGGGAAUGGAGGCAAUGAGAACGAGCCAACAACGAGCGUGAUUAAGGCGUGCAGCAGCUCCCUGAAGAUGAGCAAUAGCAGCCAUCACAUUUAUCAGCCGCAGCCCAAGUAUAGUUUCCACUACAAUAGCUCGAGAAGCAGUCCGGCAAGCACCACGGGUCUGGAUAUGGAUAUGGUUCGCUCGGUUAGUCCGCCAGCGAAGCUCUUUCAUUGCGCCAUAUCGCCGCGAAGGCGACCUAGCAGUAAUAAUGCCAGCGGCGGGGUAGGAUCAUCAGCCACAACAACGACACAAAAUGCUGCCAACUCCGGAAACGGAAAUGCCGGAAACGCCGCCGCCGCCACACAGAGACUGCAGCGACCGCAUCGGCCGUGUUUAGAUUUUGAUAAGAUGCAGCAGGUGAGCCUCUAAUGCAGAGAGCGCUAAAAGCAAGGAGUUCGGAAGCGGAUCGGGAUGGAGGAUGAGGAUGAGGAGAAACCGGGGAAAAUCAAAGACUUUUAUACGAAAAACACAGCAGAAAACUGCGAUUCGAGAAGAGCAAGAGUACCUAAGGAUUGAGGUAUGCCUCCAGAGAGAACUCCCCAGAGAGCAGAAAGCAGCAGGAGAACGGAGAAGAAGGAAGAUAUAUCAUCAAAUCAAAUUUAAAAAAUAUUUAAAAAAGGUAAUUCACAUUUUAAAAUACAAACCAAAUUAAAAGAGAAACCACUAAAAUUUACAAUAGAAAAGCAACAGCUAUUUUUUCACAACUUUUAAGCCUAAAGAAAAAAGUAUAAAAAAACAUGACAGAAGAAGGAUAGAUAGAGAGAGAGAGAGAAAGAGAGAGGAAAGCAGGGAAGAAAGCUUGAGAAGGCUGUAAAAAAAGCUAAGGAUAUAUAGGAAGGACUCACUUGCUAAUAGGAGAGAAGAUUAGAAAGCUCGAUGUAAAGGAGUUAAAGAACAAGAUAAAGCUGAGAUUUAGAUUGUAAACGAAAAAGAAAUCCAGUUCUGUGUAAACUGUAUAUAUUGUGUAUUUGAAGAAUUUUUGAAGAAUUGGCAAGCCAUCGAUAGAAGAAGCACAGAAGAAGGAUUAAGAUCGAAAAGAAAGUAUUUUAAUUUUUUUAAAACUGAUUGAUAUUGACAGAAGACUCGAAAACUUGAAAGAGAAAACAAAAUUAUAUUUCUAUUAACUGAAAAAACAGAAAGGGGAAAAAUGAAAGUAGGAAAGUGAAAAGGAAGGGAAAAUGGAAGAACAAAUAGCAACGGCAAAAAAACAAAACAAAAUGUGAAGCAACAAUAGCAACUGAAAGAUUAUUAAAGAAACACAAACUUUUGUAUCAAAUCGAAAGCCGAAGGUAACUGAGGUCGCUGCGACGACAGUUUAAAAACAGUUAAAUAUGUGUUUAAAUGUACAACAUAAAAUAGCAAGCUAUUUUAUAAACAAUAUUCAAUUUAAUCCAAACAAUUAAGAGAAAAACCAAGAAAACAAAAUACGAGACAACAAAAAAGAAAAAACAAAAAAGCUGCCAUCAACAUUCAUACAUUAAAGCUAUUCAGUUUUACCAAUAUUGAUUAAUUGAUUGAUUGAUUGAUGAUGAUAAACGCAACAAUUAAACAAUUGGCAAGUGUAAACUUUUCUUUGUCAAAGCAAAAACGAAAGAAAAUAAACCCAAUAUUCAAUUCCAUUAAAAAAACCAAAUAAAAAGCAAAAGAAUACUAAAACCAAUAAAUGUGUGCAUCCAUAGCAAAAAAGCAAAAGAAUUAAGCAAAAAAAAUACAUUUUUAAGUACCAUAUAUAAAUAUUAAAAGCAAGCAAAGAAUAUUCAAAACUAAUUGCUAAUUUUAAAUCAUAUUUAGUAUUUCCGUAUGGAAAGCCGACGAAAUUUCAGUUAACGCCAACAACAAAAACGUAGUCAAUGGUAUUUGAUAAUUUUUUCUCUCAAUAAUCAUCUCUAAAAAAACGUUUCACAGAAUCACACCCAACAACACUCAAAACAUUCAACCUACCAAAAACCAAAACAAAAACAACAGCAUAAUCCACACCACCAACACACAGAAUAUAUAUAUAUAAUAUAUGCAUAAUAAUAGCGAUGAGAUCGAAGAGAACCAUCAGGCAAAGUUAGGAUCGGGCUGGGAGCAGAAGUGUGACGGAGUGAUCAUAGAAAGGA